GGGGUCACGCUUCUUCCUGCUUGCUGCUGCUGGUCGAGGUCGGGAUAGGUAACUGGAAAGGAUGUCGGAGGGGAGUUCAGGCAACGACGCUGGAAAUCCAGGCAGCCUCCGGCCUGGACUCACUGGGGCACGGGGGCUGAUAGGGAGGAGACCUGCCACCCCCAUUACCCCCGGGCGCCUCCCCUCCAUCCGUUCCCGGGACCUUACCCUUGGAGGAGUAAAAAAGAAAACUUUCACCCCCAACAUAAUUAGCAGGAAGAUCAAAGAAGAGCCGAAAGAGGAUAUCUCCAUCAAGAAAGAGAAGAAAGAGAGAGAUCGGGAUCGGCAGCGAGAUGGCCAUGGGCGAGGCAGAGGGAGGCCGGAGGUCAUUCAGUCCCACUCCAUCUUCGAGCAAGGCCCAGCUGAAAUGAUGAAGAAGAAGGGCACCUGGGAUAAGACCGUGGACAUGUCAGACUUUGGACCUUCCCACAUCAUUAACAUAAAGAAAGAGAAGAGGGAGACGGAUGAGGAGACCAAGCAGAUCCUACGUAUGCUGGAAAAGGAUGAUUUCCUUGAUGACCCACGCUUGAGGAAUGACAUCCGGAACAAGCCAGUUCAGCUGCCCCUGGCCCACUCAGGCUGGCUGUUCAAGGAGGAGGGCGAUGACCAGGAAGAUGUGAAGCCUUUGGCCACCAGCACUAAGGAAGAGAUGAUGGACGUGGAUUUGCCUUCAGUGAAAGUGAAAGAGGAGCCCCGCGAUGAGGAAGACUCAGAGGAGCCACCGGCGGUUGCCAAGCCAUCUCAGGCAAAGGCACCUCCCAGCUACCCGCAAGACAUCUCCGUGGCAGAGCUGCUGCGAUGUCUGAGCCUGACCAAGGAGGAGGAGCUGGUCUUCCUGCAGCUGCCGGACACGCUCCCUGGGCAGCCGCCCACGCAGGACACCAAGCCCAUCAAAACAGAGGUGCAGAAUGAGGAGGGACAGAUGGUGAUGGUGAAGCAGGAGAAGAACCAGGAGGCCAAGCAGGCUGAGAACAUCUGCACCCUGGGGGACCUGCCAGAAGGGCAGGUAGGGAAGCUGCUGAUCCGCAAAUCAGGAAAGGUGCAGCUGGUUCUGGGCAAAGUGACUCUAGACGUGACCAUGGGGACCCCCUGCUCCUUUUUGCAGGAGCUGGUAUCUGUGGGCAUUGGAGACAGCAGGACUGGAGAGAUGAUCAUCCUGGGACACGUGAAGCACAAGCUGGUGUGUUCCCCAGACUUUGAGUCCCUGCUGGAGCACAGGCAUCGAUAAGAGAAAGGAAAGAAGGGGCGGAGUUCUCUGUGGGAUUCUCCUCUCCUUAGUGGAGGUUCAGCCCAGAGGUGGGCUGCUCCUCUCGUCGGCCUGGGACGUCCAUCCCUGUUCGGGUUCUGUUCUGGCUACGGGAAGCAGGUGCAUGUCAGAGGAGGGUUUCCCACUGGAGCCGUGCAAUGCCCUCUGUGCCACUAUGCUGCCCAGGGGCAUCUUGCUCUUAGAAGCCUCCCAUCCAUGUUCUUUGCUGACUGUGCUCCGAGCGAGGGGAGUUGGGAGGGCUCCUCCCCUCCAGCUGUAGCUAUAAACAAGAAUUACAGGGGACAAAUGCACUCCUGUCCCCUCUGGCACAAGUAUACAUAUGUUCCCACCCUGUGUAUAUAGAAAAGCUACAGUGACUCCAGCCUCUGCCUGUGGGCCUAGCUCUGGACUUGAGACAACUGGGGUUCGGGUUUCAAUCACAGGUGAGGUGUGCCAUAGUCUUUUGGUACCAGUGAGGGAGAUUUCCUUCCCCACUCGUGACUGUAUAUGAACCUGCAGCAUCUUACCAUGUCCACCUGCCUUGCAUUGCCAGAGUCCCUGCAUCUAGACACCACCAUUGGGCUGAAGGAGGACUGGUCCAGGAGGCACGACAAAGCAACUCAAGCUGCUUCCUUCUGCUCCCUGUGAUUGAGUGAGCUGCCUCUGCCUCUUUCACCCUCCCAAGCCCUGCUGGGAAAAGCCCGGAAGCCAAGCCCAGAGCCCCAUCCUGGAGACUGUUAAACUUUUACCAGUGGUUUCCCUUUGGCCAGAGAUAUAAAGUGAGCUGUUCCUAUGGGCUCCCUGAUCUGCCUGUCAACACCCAGGCUGAAAUUCUGCCUCCUUAGCUGUAGCAGCCUGUAUGUGUCUAUAGGAUGUUCACACUGCAGUUAGACACCCUCGGCUGGCCU